GUUAUCCUCCAGAUUUAGUUGCAGCCAUGGCUACCCACGCAGCUUUAGCUUCUACAAGAAUCCCCACAAAUAGCAGGCUUCCAUCCAAGAGCUCUCACUGUUUCCCAACCCAAUGUGUCUCAAAGAGACUUGAGGAGGUGGAAUUCUCUGGUCUAAGAUCAAGUUCAUGCGUGACCUAUGCCAAUAACUCUAGAGAAUCUUCCUUCUUUGACGUUGUAGCUGCUCAACUCACUCCCAAGACAACCGGAUCAAUUCCUGUGAGGGGAGAAACGGUGGCCAAAUUGAAGGUAGCAAUCAAUGGUUUUGGACGCAUUGGUAGAAAUUUCCUCCGCUGCUGGCAUGGCAGAAAAGACUCACCCCUUGAGGUCAUUGUGGUCAACGACAGCGGUGGAGUCAAGAACGCCUCGCAUCUACUGAAAUAUGAUUCUAUGCUAGGAACUUUCAAAGCAGAUGUAAAAAUACUAGAUAAUGAAACCAUAACCGUUGAUGGUAAGCCUGUAAAGGUUGUCUCAAACAGGGACCCUCUUAAGCUUCCUUGGGCUGAACUUGGAAUUGACAUUGUUAUCGAGGGAACAGGGGUCUUUGUGGAUGGCCCUGGUGCUGGCAAACACAUCCAAGCAGGUGCUAAGAAAGUUAUUAUCACUGCUCCUGCAAAGGGUGCGGAUAUUCCAACUUACGUUGUUGGAGUAAAUGAAAAGGACUACGGCCAUGAAGUCGCUAACAUUAUAAGCAAUGCUUCUUGCACCACAAACUGUCUUGCUCCCUUCGUGAAGGUCAUGGAUGAAGAGUUUGGAAUUGUGAAGGGAACCAUGACAACCACUCACUCCUACACAGGAGACCAGAGGCUUUUAGAUGCUUCCCACAGGGACUUGAGAAGAGCUAGGGCUGCAGCACUGAACAUAGUCCCCACAAGCACAGGAGCAGCUAAAGCCGUGGCUCUAGUGCUUCCACAGCUGAAGGGAAAGCUUAAUGGAAUCGCUCUGCGUGUGCCUACACCAAAUGUUUCAGUUGUUGACCUUGUUGUCAAUGUUGAGAAGAAGGGUAUUUCAGCUGAAGAUGUCAAUGCAGCCUUCAGAAGAGCAGCAGAGGGACCAUUGAAAGGUGUAUUGGACGUGUGUGAUGUUCCACUCGUCUCUGUAGACUUCCGUUGCACUGAUGUUUCUUCCACCAUUGAUUCAUCCCUCACUAUGGUCAUGGGAGAUGAUAUGGUGAAAGUUGUUGCUUGGUACGACAAUGAAUGGGGUUACAGCCAAAGAGUUGUGGAUUUGGCUCAUCUAGUAGCGAGUAAGUGGCCAGGCACGGUUGCUGCGGGAAGUGGAGAUCCAUUGGAAGAAUUCUGUAAGACAAACCCAGCUGAUAAGGAAUGCAAAGUUUUUGAAGCUUAAAGAAAUAUACUUCAUUUUACAAUUGCUGUAUUGUAUCUAUAAGGGGAUGAGGCUUUUCAUCAUUUUUGUAACCAAAAAAAAUAAAAUAUAAAUGCAAACGAUUUUAUUUUGCCUUGUGUUA